AUGAGUAUAGCUGCAUAUGCGUAUGAAGCUGACAGAGCUAAACGUUUAUAUUUUGGUCAAUACUCUCUCACACUUACUGACAAAUAUAUUGUUAUCACUGAUGGAAAUACUGAGAAAUACAUAACAUGGAAGGACUAUGAAAAGUUUGACCCUAUUUUAACUCCAUGUACUAUGCCGUUUAUAAAGGACGGUGAAAUUAUUGAAAAAGAUAAUACAACCGUAUAUAGGUCUGUUUAUGAAGCAUUAGAAUAUAUGUUGAAUCAUAACCCAAAAAGAUUUGACCCAAGCACUACACCAUGUGCAAUGCCUUUUAUUAAGGACGGUGAAAUCGUAAGAGUUCCGGAUUCAACGGUUUACACAGCUGUUCAAAACAGUUUACAAAACAUUUUAGCGAAUAUCUUUAAUUCAGAAACUACAGAAAUAAAAUUACCAUAUAUAACAGAUGCUAAAGAAAUUAAAUCAAAAACGACAACAUUAUUUACGUCACUUAAUGAUUUAAUGACUUAUAUCAUUAAUAUUCCUGCACCAACUACAGCAUUUGAUCCAAACUCGACGGUUUGCAGUGUACCUUUCAUAAAUGACAGUUCAUUAAUUGCUUUAAGGGAUUCGACAGUAAAUGAAUCAUUAAAGGCGUCAUUAAUGAAAAUCAUUGAUUUUAAUUCAUUCACGAAUACAUAUAAUUCAUUCAUUAAUGUUUCAUAUGCUUCUAAAGAAGGUGAGCCAAAAACUAUCGAUAAAGCGGUGUAUGAAAUAAAAGCAUCAACGACGAAAUUGAAUUCGUUAACUUUUGACGGUGAUAGUUUCGUUAAUGACAUAACAUCGGGGAAAACAAUUUUAACGAAAGAAUACUUAAAAUCUCAUGUUAGUGAGUUCGUUGAAAUUGAAAAAGAAGGUGGAAUUAAGUUCGAUCCACUGAAUUUCAUUUUCAGCUUAGCGAAUGCGGGUGUUAGUUUCGCUGAAUGGACAACUAUACAGAGUGAAAUAAAUGCAAUAUGGACGUUUUUGGGGUCAAAAGCGGGAAUGGGUGAGCUUGUAAAUGCUGCAAGAACAUUAGGUGAAACAGGAAAUUUUGUAGAUGGUUUUAAAAGACUUGUUUCAAAUGUUUUAACAAACACAAAGAAAUUAUUUAGAUAUACCGUACAUAACGGACGGAUUUUCGAACAGAUAGCAACAAACCCUCCGGUUAUGGCUGC